AAAGCACAUAAAUUGGAGAACAUGCCAUUUCUCUCCACCAAAUAGUAAAAUCUUGAAGAAAUUUCUUAACAAUGGCAAUGGUCACUAAGUAUUUUAUUGCUGUUCUUAUUGUUAGUCUCAUUAGCAAAGGGUAUUGCCAAUGCCCUUUCCAGCAUAUUUCGAUUCAACAAUCUGAAACUGGCAUUGUGGUGCAAGAAAAGCCGGUGUGGAAUGUGGCAAUUAACAACAAUAACCCAUGUACCAUAUCGGGCCUAAAAUUAGAUUGCGCUGGCUUUCGGACUGUGAAAAGAGUUGACCCUUCGAUAUUGAGCGUAUCAGGUGCAGUGUGUCUUGCUAAUGGUGGCGCACCCAUCUCUGGAUAUUCCAAACUCAACUUUACCUAUGCUUGGGCUCCUUCAUUCCCAUUUAAGCCACUAAACUGUUUAAUUUCUUGUAGUUAAGGGGGCAAGCAUUUUCAAGUUCAUUUCGGGGCUUAGUUUAAGCAAAUUAUGCCUAAGAGCUUGAUUUAUCCUCCAUUUGGCUAAUAAUAUAUUGAUGGUUAUCUUGGA